GAGCUCCGACUGUCCAGUGCAGAAGAUCUUACUGUUAGCGGAGAGCAGCUGCAUUGCUAAAUAAGCACCACCUUCAGCAACUGUGGUUGAACUGAUCAUAAGUUUAUUAAGAAAAAAGUUAUUUGAAGAAGAAGAGUUAUUUCUCACAUACCGUCAAGUUUGCAAGAUUUUUUAUUGAACAAGUUUUAAUCGUAUUCAUCUUAUACAAGGUCGUGAUGGCGAACAAAACAGCUAGCCUGCUAAGCUCGCUGACUUCGCUGCUCAAGCAAGUUCAUCUUUACGAUUACCAAACAAAUGACGAUCUGGAAUCGCCUGUCUCAUCUUUGGACUCGUUGGGAUUUUCUCCGUCAGAAUCGUCGACAUCUCUAGCAUCCGCUGACUCCAUAUCCUCGGAGCAGGAUACCCUCCAAGCUAUACACUACGCAGCUCCAGCGUUCUCAAUAGAUUCGUCUUCAGAAUAUUCCCAAACACACAUUUCUGAAUCUCUCGAAUCUUUCACAAGCUUCAGUUAUAAGGGCGAUAUCGAUUACGAUGAUGUUGAUCAUUGCCCACCAGCCUCCAAACCUCGCAGAGAAAACGAACCCAAGUUACCCGAGUACAGUCUGAACGAAGUAGCGCAACACGACAUGAUGCACGACUGCUGGAUCGUGCUUUAUGAUAAGGUUUAUGACGUGACGGAUUUCUUAUUCGAGCAUCCGGGAGGUGAAGAGCUAAUGAUGGAGCACGCUGGUCGAGAUGGAACAAUAGCUUUCCGAGGAGUCGGUCAUUCGAAAGCUGCUUUGCGCAGCCUGCAGCGAUACCUCAUUGGGGAACUGCCUUCUUCAGAACGAAUAUUUGGCUCCUGGGAGAUGCACUGACAAAACCUUAGUGAUUACGACUGGAUGAUCUUAAACCUUAUUAGUUCAAUUUAAUUAAUUAAUUAACCUUAUUAGUUCAAUAAUUUAAACGGCAUCUGAUUUAUUCUUCAUCUGUUAACAGAUGCAAUGAUAUAAACAAGAUUUGCACUGCCAUUAUCGCCACAUUCAUAAAAAUCAACAUAAAUUAAAUUCCAUCGUCAUUCCAUAUAAUUAUAUUUUCAUCCUGAAGUUCUUGAUUUCAUGUAGCUCAUCAUUCGACAUAUCUUUUAAGAUAAGAGCCAUUCGGUUUAUUAAUAUCACUCGAUUUAGUCUAGUCAAUUAGUAUUGUUAAGUUAUCUUACUCGUCUUGCAAAUGCAUAUUAAUUAGGAUGAUAAAAAAGCUAUUUUAUUGCUGCUAUUACCUGAGAUUGUAAUAAAUUAGGAUGCCUUAUUUAUAUUUGAGGCUUUAAAAUUAGGCAUUAUUAGAUUUUUUUGAGACCCAUUAGAUAAUUUAUUGACGAAACGAUGUUAAUAAAUCUACAUAUGUUUUUAAUAUCUACAUGGUUUGAACUUGUACAAAAAUAUGACCAAAAAUUUUUCUUCAUGUCAUCCAUUACAAAAAAAUACUUAAAUUAAACUAUUAAUGUUGAUGCGCAUGAACCAAUGGGCAAGUCCAAUUUUUCUAUAACUAAAUUCAAUAAAAAAUAUAUAAAUUAGAUUUCAACAAAUUUCACGUUUGCUAAUCUUCUCGUGAGUUGCGUAAGGCCGAGUAAAAAGUGUUAUACGUGUACCUGGAUAGUAUUUUAGAAAUUAUAAUAAUAAUAAAUUUUAGCAGCAGACGUUAUUGAGGUGAAGUUCUCGCUGUAAGUUUCUCAAAUAUAAUCAAUAAAUUAUAUACACUUUU